AUGGCAAGCGUCCCUAUUGCGUCGUCGGCUACCUCGGGCUUCUUUCAGCAAUUGCCCACCAUUCUCCCUCAGUACACGUCCCCCCAGCUCGCCAAUGCUCACGAUGAGGCCACGGACGAUGUUGUCCUUAUACGGCUUGCGAAAUUGUACUUGCCAGACAGUAGCCAGCAAGUUGUGGGCAAAGCCAUGCACGAAAUCUCACGGACUGUGCUGGAGCCCGCCACUUUGAAGCAUGCUGUCGAGGCCGAGACAGUACCGCCGACUUUGCAGCCGCUCACGACAUUUGGCGAGCUGAAUCGAGACGACCCUCUUGUCCUGUGUCACGGUUGGAAAGCUUUGAAAGCUAUCGGAAUCCAGGCAGGCGUUGUCUCGCUGGGCUACGACAAGUCCACGUCCACCCACAACCGUCGCGUGCAUCAGUUUCUCGUAAAUCACAACUGGCACCACACAUCAACCCUGACCAUGUGCCCGAUGAGCAUGACAGAUGGGUCUGCCCGUUUCAUUUCGAAUCACAUUGGGGACGAUGAUGGCGACGAAAAGGGACGCCGCGCGGUCCUCAGUGAAUACUACCGACGCCUGGUUUCGUCUGACCCAUCUGAAGCUUGGACUAGCGGCCAGUGGAUGACCGAGAGAUCAGGCGGAAGCGAUGUCAGAGGAACCGAGACUAUAGCCACGAGAUUGACCCCGACCGACCUCAAGGGCCCUGGCGGCCGCGGCCAAGACGUUCUCGGACAGCCUUUAGGACCCUGGUCCAUUGACGGCUUCAAGUGGUUCAGCAGCGCAACCGAUUCAGACAUGACCAUGCUUCUGGCGCAGACCCCGAAAGGUUUGAGUGCGUUCUGUGUUCCCAUGCGCCGCAAGGCGGGAAAAGGCUCUGAGCUCAACGGAAUCCGCAUCCAGAGGCUUAAGAAUAAGAUGGGCACAAAGGGUUUGCCGACCGCUGAGCUCGAGCUGAAGGGUGCACGUGGCUGGCUCGUCGGAGAGGAAGGGAAGGGCGUCAAGGCAAUCUCAACUGUCCUCAACAUCACGCGCCUCUACACCGGCGCUGGCAGUGUCUCGUACUGGGCACGUGGCCUCGCGGUCUGCCGUGCGUACACCAAGGUUCGGAAGGUUCGGGGUGCCUAUUUGUACGAAAACCUGCAGCACAACCACUGGAUGGCUGGAGAGACUGUCAAAUACCAAGCGGCCACGGCUCUUACAUUCUUCGGUGUGGCCCUUUUGGGCUGCAAUGAACAGGGUAGUAGCGUCAUGAGAAACACCCCAGCCGCUGCACUCAUCCCGAACGACGAAACAGCAAAGCUUCUCCUUCGGCUUCUGACGCCAGUGAUCAAGGCGCAGACAAGCGUGGCAGCUGUAGCUGGGCUUCGCGCGAACAUGGAGUGUCUCGGCGGUGUGGGCUAUUGCGAAAACCAUGAAGAUGGAGGCAUAUUGAACCUGGCCAAGAUAUUUCGCGACUCCGUCGUGCAAACAAUCUGGGAGGGAACCGUGAGCGUCAUGGCAGAUGACGUUGGCCGGGUCCUCAAAGACAAACGCAUUCAAGGAGGCCGGAUUAUUGAGGAUGUUUUUGCUCCCUGGACCUUGAGGACCCUCAAGCUCUGCAGCAAGAGGUUCGCCAAUGAGUGUACCGCUGUUACCGAAAGACUCGAGAGUCUCCUUGCCUUGAUUUCACGCACCAAAGCGGAUGGGGCACUGCUGGAAUAUAGUGGCCGGUGGCUCUUGGACCACCUCGACGUCGUUACGACGGCAACACUCCUUUUGUAUGACGCUAGCACGGACGAUGAUGAGAUUGCAUCUCACGUUGCAAUCAGAUACGUCCGGUCUCAUGUCAGCGCGGUCAGCUACACUAAGCUUAGCGCAUUUGACUGCGCGGCCGAAGCCGCCAUUGACGCAAGGAUCUUCAUGGGUGCGGGCAUCUCACAAAAACCAUUAGCUGGAAAGCUAUGA